AUGCCCAUGGUACAAUUAAAGUUUUCUGAAAAAUUCAUUUUAAUUCCACCUUUCAUCAAUUAUUCAAGAGUCUCCUUUGCAGGCAGUACAUAAAGUGGACUUAUAGCAAAGGAGCUGGGACCAAUUUUGCAAAUGUAGACACAGCAAAGCACUCCAAAUAUUGAAGCAUACCUUAAUGCGUUCAAUCUUCUUGGCAAAGAAAGGGGUAGAAGAAAUAAGGCAACUAAUUAGGCAAGAAAAUAUUGCAAUAGAGGUUAAUUUCUUCAUGUGAGGUCCAAGAAUUGCAUUAGAGAUCUCCUCGUAUUUGCUCUUCUUUGUUAAGAUACUCGCUUCAACAAUAUAUAAGCAAGUUUGAUAAUUGAUUAUACCUCCAGCAAUAAUGAGCAGAGUUCCAAAUAUUAAACCGUUUGCAUAUAUUACGUAAGGAAUCGCUAAUAUUCCUAUUCCAAGCUAAGUUGCAACGAAAGAAAAAAUAGAACUUAUUUCUGA